GGUGUUUCCGCAUUCCGCCGAGAGACCGUCCGCAGCGGACGCGCAGGUUCGAGAGGAGAUUGUCGCGUCCGUCGCGGAGAAAAGGAAACUCGUCGCUCGUUCCCGAGACAACAACAAGGCGGUCCAACGCCAGGGGGGACGGGAUGCCCUACAUGCUCAUCAGCACGCAGACCCGACUGGAGAACGGUCCAACAAACGUGGGGGAUGAAUACUCAGAUCCAGUAGUCAUGGGGUACCUGGGAGCCAGGAAAACAACCAUGCUGGGAAACAAUUUCUCCGAGUACCAUGUGGACGACCCGCCACGCCUGGUGUUGGACAAGCUGGAGAAGAUCGGCUUCCGCAUAGUGACGAUGACCGGGGUGGGACAGACGCUGGUGUGGUGCCUCCACAAGGAGGCGGAGUAAUUGAUCGUGGAGCGAGUGUUGUGUCAAAACACGAUCUAUAAGCAUUUGGAUGAAUCGAGUUGAAACACAUCGCCGGCUUCAUUGUUUUUUUUCCACAGCCACAUAUUCAGGCUUUUGUCAAAUGAGAAUAAAGCUCUUAAAUUGAGAUUAUCCUAGACAUAAGGUUUCAGAUUAUCUCGGACAGGCGACACGUCAGGGGAAUGCCGCACUACAUUCCAGAGAUUUUAUAAGACUCUUUGCCCAUAUUGUUUGCUGUUUACAACCAAUGACGGAAUUUAAGUUUAGGGAGGGAGGGGCCAGUUUUUUAAUUGCCAGAAUUUUAUUGAAGGCACGGCUGUAAAUUCAUGAUAUGGAUGAGCCCUCGCCCAGUUUUCUCUUUCUCUUAUAUAAAUAAAACACUCAACAACAUUGUACUUACAUAACUGUUCAAGGAUGUUUUUGUAAGUGGACCAUAUGUUUUUGAUUAAAUGAUGCAAUGGUA